ACGGUGCUCGUGCGUGUGUCUCCCAAUUCAGCGUCAGUCGGGUCGUCAGUGUUGCUGCUGUUAAACUGGACCGGACCGGGCGGUGUCAGUGGAGCGAUGUUUCAUUAAUGACCCGGGUUAGUCCGGGCCAGAUUUAUUGAGGAGCUGGAUGUGAAGUUGCGCAUGCGCACUUCGGCCGCAUGACUGUGCAGCGCAGAUGUUUUCACGUUAAAUAUUUAUUUGAAAAUAUUCCCAUUAGUCAGCAGCGAAACACAAUGUCAGUGUGCUUUCUGAUCUACUGUUAUUCAAAAGUCAACACUUAAGGAUGUGAAUUUUAUGUUUUUAUCUCAAACGUUAAAAAACACCGAGCCAACAGAGCUAACAAAGCUAAUCGAAAUAACAGCACCAUGACAGCUGAUAUUACAUCAGUUUAUAAAGAAAGCUAAUACAGAAACACGCUACACAAGUGAAACUUAUUUAGUGGAACAUGUCAACUUUUAGCUAUUGAGAUUUGGUGGCAUUGACAUGACAAACAAGGCUAGUUGGCUUGAGUUGUUGAUAGCUGCUAAUUAAAUCCUAGACUAAUGAUGUGGGUCAAAGAAACAAAGAUGGCAGAUGUUUCUGUGCAACUGCAUUGAUACUGUAUUAUGAUGAUGACCAAUGAGAGACAUGGUAGUGACGCUCCAGAUGACCUUUUUGGUCUGUCCCCUGUAAUGUCACCGCGUGGGCGGGCCUCUGGUUCUAUGCGGUCCUGUUAACUGUGCCGUCUGUUUUGGAUCAUAGGGUGUCUGAGGAUUUGUUGUAAGCUGUCAGGUUUUCCGGGAGCUCAGAACUAUGGUGAGCUGCGAAUGAUGUCAGCAGGAAUUACCAGGAAUGACGCUAACUGGCUUCUGGCAGAGCACGUCCAUCCCCCUCCCCUCCUCUGCCCCCUGUAGGUUCAAGUGUCAAGUGUCAAGACCACAGAGUUCCUCAAUGUGCAUCAUUUGACAUCGCCAUGCUGAGACAAGCUAAAUGUUGAUGCUAAUGCUAAAAGCUAGGCUAUGGUCUUACUCUUCUGUAUUUCUUGUUGCAUAUGUUACGUAUAUAUUAUAUAUUAUCUUUCUAGUCAUGGGGCUUUUAUGAUGUAAACAAAAUUAUCCUGACUCGCCUGCAUCAUCAUUUUUUUAAGAGGGAAACUCUGUGGUCCCACCCUUCUGCGAUAAUUGGUCGAUGUGUCUCGCGGCUGCAGAGAAGCCCCUCCCCUCUCCAUCAGAGUUGCUCUGAUUGGACGCUGUGCAUGCACGUGACACUGCAUGCACAUCAGCAUGCUUGACGGCCACUUUUCUCCUGUGGGGGGCACUAAAGUGUUUAGAGAAACAGUUUAGCGCCCCCAUCAGGAGUAUGAAGAAGAUGUGUCCGGUGCAACAUUCCACAACAUUCCUUGAUGGAAUUAUGGAAUCAAAGUCUUUGGCCCGAGCCAGCUGAUAUAGGCUCCUCUCCCUUCUUCACAUGUGAUGGAUAUUUGCUGCCAAUACCAUCGCACGCCACCCCCACCCCCCAGCCACGCCUCCCAGCCCGUAGCCUGAUGCUGCUGACGAAUGGCUUGUAAUGGCGGCGUUCUGUUACAACGUCUCAGAACUCAGAUAAAUGGCUCGUUCAAGCUGGGAGCUGCUCGUGUUCUGUCUGGCUGGCAGAUGCAGUGCCUAGGCCCCGCCAACCAGGACAACGCCAACAUGAACGGGACAUCUGAGCAGGCCGAUAUCCUGCCGCCAAACUGCAUGGUCAAAGACCGCUGGAAAGUGCUGAAGAAGAUUGGCGGCGGCGGCUUCGGUGAGAUCUAUGAGGCUUUGGACCUGCUAACGAGAGAGAACGUGGCGCUGAAGGUGGAGUCGGCCCAGCAGCCCAAACAAGUUCUAAAGAUGGAGGUGGCUGUGCUGAAGAAGCUGCAGGGUAAAAACCACGUGUGUAAGUUCAUCGGCUGUGGGAGAAACGACAAAUUCAACUAUGUGGUCAUGCAGCUUCAGGGUCGUAACCUGGCUGACCUUCGGCGGAGUCAGCCUCGAGGGACCUUCACCAUGAGCACUACGCUGAGACUGGGCAAGCAGAUCCUGGAGUCUAUUGAGGCCAUCCACUCAGUGGGCUUCCUGCACCGUGACAUCAAACCUUCGAACUUUGCAAUGGGCCGACUCCCAUCCACGUACAGGAAGUGCUACAUGCUAGACUUUGGUCUGGCCCGACAGUACACCAACACCACAGGGGAGGUCCGACCGCCGAGGACGGUAGCAGGCUUCAGAGGGACAGUGCGCUAUGCUUCGGUUAAUGCUCAUAAAAACAAGGAGAUGGGUCGCCAUGAUGACUUGUGGUCACUCUUCUACAUGCUAGUGGAGUUUGCUGUUGGACAGUUGCCAUGGCGAAAGAUCAAAGACAAGGAACAAGUGGGUCAAAUUAAAGAGCGUUACGACCAUCGCAUGUUGCUCAAACACAUGCCGUCUGAGUUCAAUGUGUUCCUGGACCACGUCCUGACGCUGGACUACUACACCAAACCGGACUACCAGCUGCUGAUGUCGGUGUUUGAGAACAGCAUGAAGGAGCGAAUUAUCACGGAGAACGAGCCUUUUGACUGGGAGAAGGCAGGAAGUGAUGUUACCAUGUCCACCAGCGCCUCUACUCAACCACAGCACAACACACGGCCCACCGCCGCCAUGGUCGGCGCCAUCGUGACGCCAGUCCCUGGAGACCCCCAGCGUGAGAACACAGAUGACGUCCUGCAGGACGAGCACCUCAGCGACCAGGAGAACGCCCCGCCAGCGCCGUCCGGCCGCACCCCCGGGGAGUCUGGAGUCCAACCUGGCGGCGAACCCGGCGAGGCUUGGGAUGACACCGACUUCAACCGCAACAGACUCAGAAUCAGCCUGAACAAGGGGGCUCAGGAGGAGGAGGCGGGCCGCGCCGCAUGUCCCGUGUCACCACUUCGUAGCGGAGCUCCUGACUCGCCCACGGGUCAGGGGCGGUCCUUACGGUACCGCAGAGUCAACAGUCCCGAGUCUGACCGCUUGUCAGCCGCUGAAGGCCGCGCUGACGCCUAUGGACAGAGGUCCAGGAUGGACAUGCUGGGCUCGCCGUCUCGUCAUGUGUACUCCUCUCAGCCAGCGCAGAUGCUGUCGGUGGACCCCGGUUGCCGUGGCGAUCGCCAGGCGAGUGGCAGGCAGGAAGUGUCAGCAGCAUCGGUGGACCAGGAGGCACACAGUAACGCCUUCAUCCGCUCUGUGCCACUGGCCGAAGAGGAGGACUUUGACAGCAAGGAGUGGGUGAUCAUCGACAAGGAGGCGGAGCUACGUGAUUUCCAGCCAACCACCUCGGGAACUACGGACGAGGAGCCUGAGGAGCUCCGCCCUUUGGAGGAGCAGGAGGAGCGCAGGAAGCUCCGGGCCGCAGGCGGUGAGCUGGUGGUCCGCCCCAAAACGCAUGCCAGGGAUGAGGAGGCAUCGCGGCGGAGCGGAGGAAGCCCCGCCCACUCCCCGUGUCACUCGCUGCCCUCAGGACGCCCCCGUCGCAGAGAGUCCGAGCCCCUUGGACCUCAGAGAGUGGUGUCGUUGCCCCCAGAACGGAGCGACCCCUCGCCGCCAUCGCCGGACUACCGCACCAAGGCUGAGAGCGACGAGCGGGAGCAUGUCCACAUCCUCCCGAAGCUGCAGGCCAAGCGGGCUGACUUCCUGACCGUCAUGCUGACAGGGACUUUGCCUCAACGCCGCAGCUUCACCACUUGCGAGGACGAGGACAAUGUCCCGGAAACCCCAGGGCCAAAAGACGACGACGUGACCAAGAGCGAGUCAGACAGUGAGGCCAGUCCAAAGAGUUCUGAGCGGAGCCAGGAUGCCGCUCCCUCGACGCUCAUGGCCGAGGACCAGAGGGGAUCCAGGGGACACGUCUCGGCAGCUGAUGCUGACCCGGACCUGGAGGACGCGUCCAAAACCCUGGUCCUCUUUUCACCCGGAGACACUCGAAAGUCCCCGUCUGGUGGAGACCAGGUUCUGGAAGGCGAGUUGGCCACGCCUUCUGGUCCAACCACCCGCCAAGACCGCCUCCUCUUUGGAGACGGCAUCAAUGUGGAAACCUCAGAGACGGGCCGGUUGUCUCCGGCUUUCAGAGCGGACAUGAGGUCCUCUCCACCCAUCGCCCCUGCAUCACCCCCAUUUACCAAAGUAGAGCGCACUUUUGUCCAUAUUGCAGAGACGUCCCACCUUAACGUCAUGUCUUCCAACGGUCACGCUAUCCGGGAGACAGAGCGGGACGUCCUAGACGGAGACACCCACGGAUCAGGAGGGGCGCCAGAGAUACUCCACCCUCUGCUGGAGUCGACUUUAGACAAAACCCUCCACACUGAGAACAGUCCUGCUGUCCUACCUCAGUCUUUGGAGCCCGUCCCAGAAGCCAUUUCACCAGAGCCUCCAGAACAGAAACCAGCAUGGUCCAAUGAGGAGGCAUCAAAGGUCCACAAAUCUGACUCUGAACCUCCAGCAGCAAUCAAGCCCAGAAUCAAGAGCAGAAUUCCUGUGCUCAUCUCAGAAGAAGACUCAGAGCAGUCGUCCUCCAUUUCUACACGGGCUCGCCUUCAGCGACAAGCCAGACAGCAGGACUUGGCCCGCGUCCUGGUACAGAGGCAGCAGGGUCGUUGGAUGAGGAGGAGAAUCUUGUCCGGGACCUCGUCUUCGUUGUCCUCUGGAGAUGACGAGCGUCGCAGGGCCUCAGAAACUCUGUCCACCGCCGGCUCAGAGGAGGACACUCACACCUCGGACGAGUUGAGGAGGAGCUCCAAUCUCAAGCCGGCAGAGGAGCAGGACUCCACCAUGUCCAGAAGUCGGAUCCCCAGGCCCGUCACGCCUGUCAAAAGACCUCCAGGGAAGCUUGUCGCCGUUCCCUCUCCUCUCGCCUUGUCUGAGAUGACUGAAACCAAAGGAGCAACGUCAGCGUCAUCACAUUCCAGGAACCACAAGACUGGACCCAGCUUUGUCAGCAGUCAACGCAAGUCCACACCUGUCACAUCCAGAUCCUCGUGCUCAUAUCCUCGUCCGGCCAGUGUCCCAGUCCACUCCGGCAGUCCUCGGAUGCCCCUCCGAGUCCUCUUUGGAACCCGUCGCAGCCUUAGCUCCACCCACUGCAGGACCGACAGCCCCUCUCCCCAGAGAGCAGGUCCGUCCAGACCGCUGCUCUCUGUCCGAGCCCCAACAGCCCCCGUUCUACCACCCAGGAACACCACGGCCAUGCGGCGCAGCGCUUCACAGGAAGCAGCCGCCCAGUCGCAAUCGGGCCCCGCUGCCACCGCCAGAUCCCGGUCCAAAGCAGCCAGUGUGGCCAAAGGGAAACCAAUCAGCAGGGACAAGGUGGCACCCGCUAGAUAAUACAAAGACACUCCGCGACAAGCUCUGCUUCAGUUCUUUUACAACUUCCUGUACCUUCUUCACGGGCUUCCAGUGUGGGGGUCUGAGACUUUGCCCCCUGCUUGGAUCACGCUGCAUGGACCACUACCAAGAAGAUAGACCGUGUUCUUGCUGAGCAUGCUUCAGUCAUCAUCAGCGUCUUUUCUUACGCAUGACACAAACAGGGUCUGCCACAUCAGUAAAGUCUCGGUCAUGUGA